AUGCGCAGAGCUUUUUCUUCUUUUUCUCUCCCUCCUCCUCAACUGGUUGAGGAGGAGGGAGAGAAACGAGGAAAAGGAGACAAUUUGGCUCUGUCGACAUUAUGUUUUGAUGCUAUUAAAACAUAUAGAUUGUACAAUAAAUUAGAUAUAACGGGUGGAAAUAACUUUAUUGUUGAGCAAAGAUCUUUUUAUUCUACGAAUGAGAGAAAGGAAAAGUUUAAGGAGUUUAUUAAUGUUAAUACUACUCCUGUAAAAACUAAAUCUAAAACACAUCAAAUUUGGAUAGAUUAUAUAAACUUCCUUUGAGAUGAUUUUGAUACCUUUGUAGAAAGUUUAUACUGUUCUAAUAAACUUUUACCUAAUACAGAUUUUUUUGCUACAAUUGAUAAGAAACAACAACACUUCAUGUUUAAAUCGAUGGAGGAUAUUUACCCUUUUGAGAAGUUGUUUUAUAAAAUCGUUGAUAGACUUAGUGAGUUAUUUAGAGAGUAUGAUAAUAUAUUUGAGGGUACUUGUGAUUCGGUUCUUUUAGAAUUUAGACAAGUUAAUGUCGAUGUUACGUUAAAGAUUUCGAACUUAGAUUUUAUAAAGGCUGAACACCCUAAGGUUAAUAUGACUGAGAUUAGUAGAGAUUUGAGUAUUUUUGGUAAUACACUUAAAGACGUUCAGGGUUCUCCUCUUAACCCUGUUGUUGUAGAUGGGAAAUUAGUUAUAUCAAAUACGUUUGAUGUAAAAAAUCCAGAUAAGUUUUUAGAAGAGUAUAAUGUUAAUAUGACUAUAAAUAAUAAAAAAGUUUAUUAUUUAGUUAAUGAUUCUACUAAGUUUUACCUAAUAUAUCGUAUGAAUAGACCAUAUAUUAUUAGUGUUAAUAUGUCUGAUGAGGGGGUAGACAAAAGGUUUUUUAAUUUUUAUGGAGAUCUUAUAUCUAAGGUUAAAGAUAUAGAUAAUAAAGAUGGGACUUUUAAGAGGGAAAGUCGAAAUAGUACUCUUGUGUAUAAAAACGAUACUAUAUUAUCUGUAUCUAGAGAUAUUGAUUUUUCUCCUAUUAAAAUGGUGGGGAAAAUUUUAACUAACAAUAGGAAAAACUGACUACCUAAUUCAAAUAUAGGAACUCUUGACUUAGAAACAUAUGAAUGUGACGGUGUGUCUUGUUGUUAUGCAUUAGGUUUUUAUUGUAAUGAAUUUGGUCAGUGUAAUACAUAUUAUAUAGAUAAAGGUUUGGAUAGUACUAUGUUAAUACAUACUUGUCUAAAUGAAAUGCUUAAGUCUAAAUACAAUAAAAAUACGUUUUAUGUACAUAAUCUAGGUAUGUUUGAUGCUCCUUUUAUAAUUAAAGCUUUAAUAGAUUUCAAUAAAACAAAAGAAGGACAAAAUAACCCUUAUAUUUUAGAUAUUACAACUAGAAAUAGAGAAAUUUUAGAAUUGAAGAUUAAAAGAAAAGUUAAUGACCGUAUCCAUACUGUUAAUAUAAAGGACAGUGUUGCUAUUUUACCUAGAGACUUAAGAAGUCUAUGUAAAGAUUUUGAAGUGGAAACAGAAAAAAGUUUCUUUCCUUAUAAUUUCUGUAUGAAGGAUUCUUUGUUUUAUGUUGAAUAUUACAAUUCAUUAUUUAAAGAAGAAUGAUCUCUAAAAGAAGAAUGUAUAAGAUAUCUAGAAAAGGAUCUUAUAAGUUUAUGUCAAGUACUUGUUAAAGCAAAUAGAAUUUUUCAUAGGUUAUUUAAAAUUCAAAUGACUGAUUUUUUUACAAUUUCUGAUGAAAAACCUAUACCUUUAGUUAAUAAUAAAAUUGUUUGAGACGAUAUAUAUAAAAGCUAUUACGGUGGAAGAGUAGAGGUGUUUAAUCCUUUUUUUAUUACGGACAAAAACCCAGAUAGAAAGUUAUAUUAUUAUGACGUAAAUUCUUUAUAUCCAUAUGCGUCUUUGAAACCUAUGCCUGGUACAAAAUGUAAAUAUCUAGAGAGUUUUGGACUACCGUUGGACUUAGAAAAUUUAUUUGGGUUCUUUUAUUCUAAAGUAAAAUCUAAAGAUAACUAUUUAGGUUUACUACCUAAAAGAACUCUAAAAGGUAAUUUAACUUUUCCUCCUCCUCAACUAGUUGAGGAGGAGGGAGAGAAAAAGGGAGAGUGAUAUGAUAGAUAUUUUUCUGAAGAAUUAAAAUUUGCAAAAGAUAGUGGAUAUAAAAUAGAUGUAAUUAAAGGUUAUAACUUUGAUUCUGUUUUGGAUGUAUUUUUAAGUUUUGUUACAAAUGUAAUGGGAAUUAAAAUUAAUGCUAAAAAUCCUACAGAAAGAACUAUUGCUAAGUUAAUAUUAAAUAGUUUAAUAGGUAGAUUCGGUACGGGUUUCUUAAAAAGUAUAACUAAAUUACUGGAUGCUAAACCACAAGAUUUAGUCCUUAAAACUAGAAUUGUAAGUGGUAGUAUAGAGAUUGAUGCUGAUGCUUACUUAGAUACAUUUAAAUUAGAAAUAGACAAGGGAGUUUGUGAAGAUUUUGGUGUUGACUAUAUUAAGGCUUUAAAUACAGAAUCUAUAGAAGAAAAGUCAAUUAAGGGGAGAUAUCAAACUGUGUCUAUUCUUAUCGCAUCUGCUACGUUAUCCUAUGCUAGAAUACGUAUGACUAAAUUAAUGUUACAUAUUUUAAAUAAAGGAGGUAAGAUUUAUUAUACAGACACCGAUAGUAUAGUUACUGACUACAAACUGGAGGAUGAAUUUGUAGACAAGUCAGAACUAGGUAAGGUUAAGUUAGAACAUGAAAUCAAAGAAGGUUACUUUAUCGCGGAUAAAGCUUAUGCUUUUAUUGAUGUAUCAGGUAAACUAAUUAAAAAAGCUAAAGGAGUGUCUAGUGAAUAUUUAGCAUUAGAUGAUUAUAAAAAUAUAGAUUACAAAAAGGGAAGUGUUGUUAUAAAACCUAAAAAUAUUCUAAUUUUAAGUACAGAGUAUUAUGACAAACGUACAAAGAUUUUUGAAAAAGGAAUCUGAGUAGGAACUAGACCAACUAUAAUCUAA